GAGAUUGUUUGCAUUGAAUAAAGUGAACGCUAGAAGUGUGAGCACCAGAAGUAUCAUGAAAAUCGCUAUAAUAGGACAGUCGGUAUUCGCCAGUUCUGUGUACCAACUGUUGCAACAAAAUGGUCACCAAAUCGUCGGUGUCUUCACAAUACCCGAUGUGAACAACAGGGAAGACCCGUUGGCUUCGGUGGCCAACAGCGAUGGAGUGCCGGUCUUUAAGUUCAAGAAUUGGCGCACAAAAGGUCAGCCCAUUCCUAGCGUUUUAGAGAAGUACAAAUCAGUGGGCGCUGAGCUAAAUGUGAUGCCAUACUGUUCCCAGUUUAUUCCCAUGGAAGUGGUUCAGUACCCAAAACACCAGUCUAUCAUAUAUCACCCCUCACUACUGCCCAAACAUAGGGGUGCGGCCAGUAUUAAUUGGACAAUCAUUAGUGGCGAUAAAUUA